CCUUCCAACCAUCCUUGUUCCUGAGAGUUGACUUUGAAGAUACUGCACAGGCGAGAUCUCGAUCCUGUCCACACCCUUCCCAACUCCCAACUACUGCGACAGAUGCUGUUCAGAUUUCAACGCAAAUUGGGAAGCUUCCGCCUUUUCAAUUCAUGCUUUUGUCUUUCUUCCUUACUAAAUUUAUACUCUCUGCGUCGUAAACCUACCCAAAAGUCAACCAUGAGAACAGAGGGACUUCCAUAGAUCUGCCUUAUCCUUCUUUGAGCUGAGACAGACGAAGCAAGCAAUCAUGGCUUCUUUUCCCUUCUUCUUUUUCUUCUUCUUCCUCCUCCUCCUCCCUCAGUGUCUUUCCCUCCAACUCUGCACCAAUUCGAUGGCACCUUUGACUCUGAAUACUACUCUGACUUUCUGCGGAAACAGUGGCAGCAGCUGCUGCAACGCCACCGACGACGGCCUCCUCCGGCGGCAGUUCCAGUCCAUGAACAUCUCCGACGCAGCCUGCGCCGCCGUCAUGAAGUCCAUCGUCUGCGCGAGGUGCGAUCCAUUUUCUGCCGAGUUAUUCGACACUGGACCAAGCCCUGACACAGUUCCUACUCUAUGCAACUCUACCGGUUCAUCAACCUCUUCGUUGGCAUCAAAUCCCAACCCAAACUUCUGUACACAAGUUUGGGAUUCCUGCAACAACGUCUCUAUGCUGAAUUCUCCAUUUGCAGGAUUGCCAGUGUCCUCUUCCAGGCUCAUCGAUAUCUGGCAAUCCGAAACCGACUUCUGUAAGGCUUUCGGAGGUUCUCCGAGUGACAGCUCCCUAUGCUUCAACGGCAAUUCAACCUCAUUCAACACUAUCUUAGCUUCACCCUCUCCCAAAGGCCUGUGCCUUGAGAGAAUUGCCAAUGGAUCUUACCUUAACAUGGUCCCCCACCCCGAUGGCUCGAACCGCGCUUUUGUAUUGAAUCAGGCUGGCAAGAUAUGGCUGGCAACGAUCCCUGAUCAAGGAUCCGGAGGAACACUGGAGAUCGACGAGACCAACCCCUUCCUUGAUUUAACUGAUCAAGUUCACUACGACACUGAACUUGGCAUGAUGGCCAUUGCAUUUCAUCCGAACUUCACUACAAAUGGCCGGUUUUUCGUCUCCUACAACUGCGAUAGGCUUCAGUCGUUGAGUUGUUCGGGAAGGUGUUCAUGCAAUUCCGAUGCAGGAUGUGAUCCUUCAAAUCUUGGCGCAGACCGUGGUGCCCAGCCAUGCCAGUAUCAAGCUGUUGUGGCCGAGUACACUGUAAAUAGUUCCUCAACAACACCUUCCACGGCAACGAGUGCCAAUCCAUUAGAAGUGAGGAGGAUCUUCACUAUGGGUCUUCCAUACACAAACCAUCAUGGAGGCCAAAUUCUGUUCGGGCCGGCAGAUGGAUACCUCUAUUUCAUGAUGGGGGAUGGUGGCAGCAAGGGGGAUCCCUUCAACUUUGCUCAAAACAAGAAAGCAUUGCUCGGAAAAAUUAUGCGGCUCGACAUAAACAACUUCCAAAGUGACAAUCAAGCAACCAACCUAAGUCUAUGGGGAAACUACUCCAUUCCAGAUGAUAAUCCUUACACGAUCGACAGCGAAUUGCAACCCGAGAUAUGGGCAUUAGGCCUUGCCAACCCUUGGCGAUGCAAUUUCGAUUCUGAAAGACCUUCAUAUUUCUACUGUGCAGACACUGGAGAUGAUACAUAUGAAGAAGUAGAUUUGAUCACGAAGGGUGGCAACUACGGAUGGCGUGUCUACGAGGGCCCUGAUCUUUACAGACCGCCAAGGACGCCCGGCGGAAACACUUCACUCAGCUCCAUAAGUCCGAUCUUCCCUGUCAUGGGUUACACCCACGCCGAGGUCAACAACUCGACGGGCUCCGCGUCCAUCACCGGCGGGUAUGUCUACAGGUCGACGGCGGACCCCUGCUUGCAUGGAAGAUAUCUGUAUGCGGACCUGUACGGUGUGGCGAUUUGGGCAGCCGCUGAGGUGCCCGGAAACAGCGGAAACUACACGAGCACAAGGAUGGCUUUCGGUUGCAGCGAGAGGUCUCCGAUUCCUUGUGACAGGGUGGCGGGGAGCCCCCUCCCGGACCUGGGAUACGUGUUCUCGUUCGGGGAAGACAACAGAAAGGAUGUUUUUCUGUUAAGCAGCGUCGGCGUGUACAGAAUCGUUCCCCCGAGCCGAUGCAACUACACUUGCCCGCUGGAGAACACGACUGAUGCAGGGGGUUCAGGGAGUUCUUCGUCUGCAAGGAGAAUGGAAGGGCUAACGGGGAGAGUGGCGGCGGCGGCGGUGGCGGCGGUGUUUGUGCUUCUCUGCUGGUGUUGAAUUUGAGCUUGAUCGUUGAAUCUGCAAGUCGUGUUUGUUUUUUGUUUUUGUUUUUGUCUAAAUCUAAAUUUUUAUUUUGAUUCGCAA